GGGGUGCGGAGGACCGCGUGAUUGUGCACGACCGUCCAUUGGUCUUCUAAUGAAGUGCCGUCAUUCCAUCAGCGCCUAGCUGGUGUAGUACUGAACUGCAUUGUUCAAGACAAUCAUGGCAAAGGAAGAUAAGAUAUCAUCAAUUUUCACAGAACAUGAGCAUUUGUAUAGUGUUUUAUCAGCUGAAAUCACAGACAAGAUCAACAUCAUACAGGGACAUUCCAUCACAGGAGACGCGGUCGCAGGCCCGUGUGCCGAGGCCGAACGGCUGAUGGCGGAGGCGCACGAACUGAUGGAGCAGAUGGAGCUGGAGGCGCGUGAGCAGCCAGACGAGCUGCGCCAGGCGCUGGCCAACCGCGUGCGCAGCUACAGCGCCGAGCUGCGCCGGCUCAACAAGGAGUACCAGAACAUCAAGCACAGAGUGUGCCGGGCCGAGGUGCUGGAGGGCGGUGCACGCUCAGCCACCGCCGCCGAGCGUCUGAUGGACGACACAGAGCUGAUGGAGCGCACCGGCGGCCGACUGGACGAGGGGUAUCGCAUGUGUCUGGAGUCCGAGGCGAUCGGCGCCGAGGUGCUGGGGGACCUGAGCAGCCAGCGCGAGACUCUCCUCCGCACCCGCUCCCGGUUGCGCGACACGGACAGCGAGCUGGGCCGCUCCAGCCGCCUUCUGACGGGCAUGAUGCACCGGGCUAUGCAGAACCGCGUCCUGCUCCUGCUCGUCGCCGCCGUCCUGCUGGCUGCCGUCGGGUACGCCGUCUACGCCCUGGCAGUGCGCUCGUCGUGAGGCGGCCGGCGGUGCGGCGCCCCUGGGACGGCCCUGCUGAGAAGGCGAGCCCGUGCCGCACGGCCGUCUCCGAGAGAGCGUGCCGCCACGGCCGUCUCCGAGGGAGC